AUGUGGAACAAGUUAGUAGUAACCUAUGAAGGAACUAUCGACAUAAAAGAUUCUCGAAUGGAUACUUUGAUCCAAGAAUACGAGAACUUCAAACUCCAAGAUGCUGAAAAUAUCAUCGAUAUGGAAACAAGAUUUACUCGUAUAGUCGAUAAAUUAGCUCAACUCGGAAAGAACUAUACUCGAAAUGAGAAGAAUCGUAGAGCUCUUAAAUCUUUACCUCCGAGUUGGAAAGUUAAAGUUACAACUAUCAAAGAGAUGCACAAUCUCAAUGAUUACCACAUCGAUAACUUAUUCGGAAACCUUCGUGCUUACGAAGAAGAUAAUGUUACGGAUAUUGUCGUUCCUGAAGUGGAAGACAAAAAUAAAAAUAUGGCUUUGAAGUCCAUAUUAAUCGAUGAAGAUGAUAACGACGAGGAGUUGAAUGAAGAACUCCAAAAUCUCGAUGAAAGCGAGAUAGCUCUCUUAACGAGACAACUCCGUCGUGUACUUCAAAGUAAAGCUCAAAGGUAUGAAAAAGGCUUCCUUAAAUCGAAUAAUCAACAAAGAGUUUUUAACUCUAAUGGAAGGCCUAAUUACUCUCAAAACUACACUCCAAAUUAUAAGAGUAAUUAUCCUACUACGGGCUAUAACAAAGGCAAAGUCAAUCAAAGCCCUAAUGCUUAUAAUCAUGCCAAUAACAAUCAUACUUACACUCCUCCUAAACCAAAAGAACAAAAUCUGGAGGAAGUACAGGUUGUGUGUUUCGAGUGUAAGCAACCCGGUCACUUUAAACGGGAAUGUCCUAAACUUUCUAAAGGAAGGAUUCUCGUGGCCGAAAAUGGUUGGGAUUUAAGUGAAGAUGAAGAGAUCUCGGAAACUAAUGAAGAAGUGGUCAACUUGUGCUUGAUGGCUCUCGAGGAUGAUUCUUCGUCAUCUGAUGUCUUCACUUCAAAUGAUGAGAACAAAACUCAAGAAGAAGAGUUAUCUCGGAUUAAGGAUUUAAAUCUUAAAAAUGAGGAAGAAAUCUCAUCUCUUUGUGAACAAAAUGAUAUCUUGAAAAAUGAGAAUAAUAGGUUUAAAGAUAUUAUUAUGAGAUUGGAAGUUGAAAAUGUUUCCUUAGUUCUACAAACCGAGGAAUUAGAAAAUGAGAAGCUACAAUUGAAUGAAGAGAAUACUAAGCUUCAUAUUGACUUGUUAAAUUUGAAAAUCCAAAAUGAGUCAUUAAUUCAAGAAAAAUCAACUUCGGUUUCUCAAAAAGAUAACCUUGAAUUAGUUCAUGCCUUGAAAGAAAAAGACAGGAUGUUUGAGUUGGAAACUCAAAAGUUGAAGGAUGAACACUCCAAGAAUGUAGCUCAUGCCUUAGAUCAAGAAAGAAUUCUUAAUGAUAAAUUAAAUACCUUGAUUAAAGAAAAUGAAAAUCUUGAAGUUGUAGUUCAAAGGUUCAUAAGGGAAAUAAGAUGUUAG